ACCUAGACAUUCUAAAUCUAAACUGUUACCACGUCAGUGCAUGUAGUUACACGUGUCCUCACAGUUGACCCUACAACCUCUUUCUACUCCUAGACAUUCUAGGAGGUUCCCCUGCCUGCAGCUCUGUAUUGUUCCAGGACUUUCCACAACUCCAACUGAGGAGGCCAUCAAUUUAAAGAAAGCAAUACGAGCUAAAAAACAAUUGAAUUGAGGCAUAUCAGAUCAGAUCAGAUCAUUUACCAUAGGGAUCAAAAUGCAAUAUUUACAAAAAACAGUGGCUGCUGCUGUAGCACCAAGGUCAAGGUCAGUUUGGGUGCUUAGCAAUCAAGCUCAAUCUCUGCAACCAGGACAUGCUUCGGCCAAGGCUAGUCGCCCUGCUGACCCAGCCCUUCACGCUGGGGACUAUGAAGCUGACCCUGUUGUCACCACCGGAGAUCUUCAAGCUACAGAAAAUGUUGCAGAGGAAAAAGCAGCCGUUGAUGAGCAACAGAGGCAAGUAGACAAACCACCCAGCAGCUGGGGCAAAGGAAAAGGAACAGGAACAGAACCGGUUUCACCUCCUAAUAAACCCUCAUAUCCAAACGCAAGUUUCCCAAGGCUAGAGAAGACAGAUGUGACUCUGCAGCCGGAUCCGUCGGACCACCCAAUCAAUUAUACGCAGAAAAGGCGAGCUAGCCAAUACGCAACAGCUUCCACUGGUUUAUCAUUAGAGAAUUUCGAUUUGGAAAAGGUGAGCUGUGUGGGGCUGGAUGGUACACCCUUGCCAAGGGACAAGGAAAAUGAGGAGCACAAGACAGAUAGAGAUAGGGAAGACGAACGAGAGUACUACAAGCAUCACAAGGCUUCGCCGUUGUCGGAGAUAGAGUUCGCAGAUACCCGGAAGCCCAUUACGCGUGUAAUGUACGGCACGGCUGCCGUAUCGGAGUAUGGUGCAGGUAGAGAUGUCAUUAGAUGGAGGCCGGAGCAGUUGGACACGGCUGAGGAGGCACUGCGUAGAGCUGCAAGGAUAUGGAAAGAGAAUGCCAUGCGUGGUGACCCUGAUGCUCCUCACUCCAGAGUGCUCAGAGCUCUACGCGGGGAGUCAUUCUGAGUCGGGACAGAUCACUCAUCUGUAUAUGUAAUCUGAUGCAUGAAUGGGAUGUAAUAUGUAUUGACAUUUAAUAAUUGUAUAUGUAUGUAUAUAUAUAUAUAUGUGUGCGCGCGCGCGCGCGCGUGUUUGUGAGAAGAACCUACAUGUAACCGCCUAUCAUGGAAAGUUAAAACAUGGCAAUGAGUGAUGAAUUGAUGAUGAUAUA